AUGGCGGUCCUUCCGCAGUCACUACUUGAGGCAGCCACCUCGAUGUCCAUGCUCCAAUGUGCCGCUUUACUCUUCGUCGUGCUCCCUCUUUGCUACACCGUUAUCCGAGCGGUCCGCUCACCACUGCGGCGCGUGCCAGGACCGCCUCUCUCCCUCUUCACAUCUGCUAUUUUACGAUGGCACGAGCUUCGAUGUGGCCGCACCCGUUAUGUGCACGCGCUCCACCAGCGUUAUGGUCCUGUGGUGCGUCUGGCUCCGGAUGAAGUCUCGUUUGCCUCAGCAGCGGCUGUCAAGGAGAUCUACAACUCGGCCGGCAGCGGCUACGAUAAGACCGACUUCUACGACCUUUUCACGGUGUACGGGCGGCGCACCAUGUUCACCACACUGGACAAAGAGACACACGCUCGUCGUCGCCGGAUCCUGGCUGACCGAUACGCAAACAGCAACAUUAUGCGUGGCCCAGCACUGGCUGGCAUUGAGGAGCGGGCACAGCAUUUUACAGAGCUGUGCAAGAAUGCUGCCGGGGGUGUUCUGGAUAUUUACGUACGUGGCUGCAAUAUCUGGUCACGGAAAACUGAAAUACUGAAGACACUGCUGACUUUCCCUGAAGCUCGGUCGUGCAAUUCCGCUAACAAAGCAGCCCUUCACGCUUAUGCAUUUGACUGUGUUACGCACCAUCUCUUCCACCCCUACGGUUCCGACUCACUUCGCAAGGAAUCUGACGCUGAGAUCAUGCGGGAAGUGACGUUUGACGACAGCAUUCAGAACCGACUGGUCAGCUUCUACAGUCCGUCCUUUUACGCCAUCAUCAACCCCGUCCUCACUUGGUUUGCUAAGCCCCGUGAGACGCCGCUGGCUGACGAUUUUGUCCUCGAGACUGCCGCCAAGUCUGACGCAGCCCACUUUACGCUGCUUGCUCGGAUGCACGAGAAGCAGCAGCUCAAUGCGCAAGGCUCCACAGACGAGGAAGCCAGGCCUGCCGCUGGCAGCUUCGACGCCCUCGACACAGCGGCCGAGAGUCUCGACCAUAUGGCGGCCGGGAUCGACACGACUGGCGAUGCUCUUUGCUUUUUAAUGUGGGAGCUGUCGACACCGCGGUCUCUCCACUUUCAAGAGCGGCUGCGCCGGGAGCUUGUCGAAAACGAAGCCAAGGGUGCCGACGCGCUUCCCUUUGACCGGCUACCAUUCUUAGACGCCGUUAUCAUGGAGGGCCUGCGGUGCUUCCCGGCCAUUCCCAUGUCACUACCGCGCGUCGUCCCAGGACAGACUUGGGGCCGGUCGGCUGCGCGCGGAGAGCAGCAAGCUGACGGGCGCGUCAUUGAUGGGUUCUUUUUGCCUGCCGGCACCGUCGUCAGCAGCCAAGCCUACUCGGUCCACCGCAUGGAUGCCGCCGUUUUCCCGGACCCAGAUUCAUUCAACCCCGACCGCUGGUUGGCCUCUGACGGUGACGCAGAUCGAAAGCGGUCCUUCUUUGCCUUUGCCAGCGGCGGUCGCGGCUGCAUUGGCAAGCACCUCGCUCUCGUCGAAAUGAAGAUUCUUAUGCGCGACAUCUACUCGCGCUUUGCCACAGCGCCCGAGAUAUCCAUGACGCCCGAAGCCAUGGAGAUGUCGGACCAGCUGAUUUCGUCUCGGCCACUCGCGCAAAGGUGCUUGUUGCAGUUUGUACCGCUUGCAGAGGUAUCCUAA